AUGUCGCACUUGUGCGAGUGUCCUCUGCGGCUGGAGAAGAGCUUCGUCUUGGACGGCGUGGCGGUGAGCACCAAGGCCCGCGCCUAUGAGCUCCUGAGGCCCAAGCUCUGGUCGGCGAUUCCGCCCUACAACGCCCAGCAGGACCACCACGCCCGCCGGUACUUCCAGAGCCGCGUGGUUCCGCCCAUUCUGCGGAAAACCCAACAGGAUCACGGUGGCACAGGAAGAGACGGCUGGAUAGUGGAUUAUUUCCACAUUUUUGGGGAAGGACAGAGAUACCUGAACAGGAGAAACUGGGCAGGGGCAGGGCAUUCCCUCCAGCAGGUGACCGGGCAUGAUCACUACAAUGCUGAACUGAAAACGAUCAAGGGGUUCAAUGGUCGGUUUGGCUAUCGCCGGAACACCCCAGCCCUCCGCCAGCGCCCGUCUGUCUUUGGAGAGGUCACCCAAUUCCCUCUCUUCUAACAGCAUCUCUUCCCUUCCCACCCCUUGACCUGAAUAGAAGACAGAUGUUUAGAUGAAUUCUUAAUGCUAUUUUUAUAUAAACAAUGAUGUUAUUUGUGUUUCCAA